ACUGAAUCGUCAGGUUUCUCGGUCAGACACCACCUCUAGGAAACAAUAUUAUUACUGUUUAUUCAUAUUUAUUCAUGUUUAUUACUAUCUUGCACGUCAUUUAAAUAAUUUUUAAAAACCACUAUUUGUUACUGUUUACACACAAGCCACAGUUUAUGAACGUUUAGUUUCAAAUCACGGCUCUGAUUGGUCCGUUGGUCAACAAAACGCGCCAAUCAUCAAACGGAUCUCCAUCCACGUUUAACAGUUUGUCAGUUAUUUCCCCCGCAUUAUUUUAUUAGUUAGCUAGCGGGCUAAAACAAACAAACAAACAAACAAACAAACAAACAAGAAAGGUCUGUUGGCAUGUCUGGAGGAGAGCGUCUGUUCUGCUGUGAGGACCCGGCAGUAUGGAGAGGCAUUUAUGCGAAAUACUGGGCUGUGGUGGAGGCAAAGGCUGCUGGGAAGCAGAAGAGUUCAGGGAAACUGCUGGAAUUGGAGAAAUGGUAUCAGGAGGAGCUUCCAGCGGCCAUUUUAGCUCGACCAGAGCGUUCUUUGACGCACCCUGAACUUGUCAAACUCAUGGAGUGGAAAUUAACCAGGGGGAAGUUCCGUCCCCGGCUCAAGCAGCUGAUUGGCUCCAACAGCGAGGAGGCGGUGCUUCGCUGCACCAAAAAGGCAUUCGCUCUCCUUCCUGACGUCCGAUCGGCUAUUGCGGAACUGACUACGCUCAAAGGGCUCGGACCUGCUACAGCGUCAGCUGUAUUAGCAGCAGGAGCUCCUGAGGAAGUCGCCUUCAUGGCUGACGAGGUCGUAGAGAGCAUCGCCGAGCUGAGACCAGUUCAAUACACGGCUAAGCACUUCUCUCUCUUUUUGGAGAAAAUACUGCACAAAACACACCAGCUCAACGAAGCGGACAGUCAGCAUGAUUGGACCCCUCAUGAGGUGGAGCUGUGCUUAUGGGCAUGUGCAAUAGCCAAUCAGAUCCAGCCCUCCCUGCUGGAGGCGUUUCCCCUGAGUUACACUGCCAACAGAGAGACCACAGAGAAGACCAAAGAGGAGGAGACCAGAAAGCGGCCGUCUAAGAGACGCAAGACAGACUAGCGUACACCGGAUUGUAUGUUGUGCUUUGCAGUAUUGGCAUCUAAUGCAUCGUAGCCCAGUGCUAUGAAGGAAAUCAGAUGAUGUGCGAUAGAGCAUGACAAUUCUAAACUGGCUCGGAAUAAUCUUAGGUUCAGUAGGCAUGUUUGUCCAGAAAUCGUUUUCCUACUGAAUGAUCAGGACUUGUUGUAUGGUUUGUAUUAAAUGAUUAUGCUGUUUUUCAAUAUCUAACAGUUUAACCGAUGACCUGUUCAGACCCGUGUUUCUCAUCGACGAUCUCGUCCCCUCAUGUUUCACAAGAAGUGCUAACUCUCUGCGUGCCAUAAGUGUAACCCUUGAUCACAAGCUGAGAAUGUUAACAGAUUCCAGCAAUCUGCAGCGAUCCGCUUGCUAGCUAGAACAGUAGGUACAGAUACAUGAGCUACAAAGUCCCAUCAGCUAACCAACUUGCUGAUCUACUAAUUAACCAGCUUCCUAACCACCUAGCAUAAAUGUGUGAAUUAUUAAUUUCUAAUAAAUUUUCAGGUAUAAAUGGUCUAGCUGAAUCCAUGAUACUGUGGUAAAUGAUAAAGUGCACUAGGUAGAAAAAGUAUUUCCAUUGUCCGAGAUGGCAUUACAGUGUUCAGCUACACUCUGAGAAGUGGUUCUAUCUAGUCAAGUUGGAUCCAACUGGUCAGGUUUGUUCUGGCUAGUCUAGUUGGUUCCAACUGGUCAGGAUGGUUCUAGCUGGUCAGGUUGGUUCUAUCUAGUCAAGUUGGUUCCAACUGGUCAGGUUGAUUCUAGCUAGUCAAGUUGGUUCCAACUGGUCAGGAUGGUUCUAGAUGGUCAGGAUGGUUCUAGGUAGUCAAGUUGGUUCCAACUGGUCAGAAUGGUUCUAGAUGGUCAGGAUGGUUCUAGCUGGUCAGGUUUGUUCUAUCUAGUCAUGUUGGUUCCAACUGGUCAGGAUGGUUCCAGCUGGUCAGGUUGAUUCUAGCUAGUCAAGUUGGUUCCAACUGGUCAGGUUUGUUCUGGCUAGUCCAGUUGGUUCCAACUGGUCAGGAUGGUUCUAGCUGGUCAGGUCGGUUCUAUCUAGUCAUGUUGGUUCCAACUGGUCAGGUUGGUUCCAACUGGUCAGAAUGGUUCUAGAUGGUCAGGAUGGUUCUAGCUGGUCAGGUUUGUUCUAUCUAGUCAUGUUGGUUCCAACUGGUCAGGAUGGUUCCAGCUGGUCAGGUUGAUUCUAGCUAGUCAAGUUGGUUCCAACUGGUCAGGUUGAUUCUAGCUAGUCAAGUUGGUUCCAACUGGUCAGGUUGGUUCUAGCUAGUCAGGUUGGUUCUAGCUGGUCAGGUUAGUUGGGUUUUAUGGUUUUAGAUGGGUUUUGAAGAUUUGUAGACUGGUUCUAGCUGGUUCUGGAUGGUUUGGCUAGUUGGUCAGGCUAGAAGACAAACUAACCCCUGUUAGACUGGGAGGCAAACUUUUCAACAAGCUUGACCAGCGUAACACCAGCUAGACCAGGCCGAGAGAUUAACUAAACAAGCUAAGGCCAGAUAAUUAUGGUGAGGAAUAUAUUUAGGGGACAAUAUGAGUAAGAUAUCCUUUUAUUAACUGCUAACCGCGUUACCCUUGUAGCACAAGUGUAAAAGUAAAGACGCGAACAUUAAACACGUCUUGGUUGGUUGACCACAU